AUGAGGAACAUGGCACCGAACACGGUGUCAAGGCUCGCAUUCUUGUGCUUUUUCCUUCAAUUUUGCCAGGCCAAAACCGUCACUCUUGAUUUCAAUGUGACCUGGGUGAAUGCCAACCCGGAUGGACUUGCUGAGAGAAAUGUGGUUGGCAUUAACGGACAAUGGCCACUGCCUGUGAUCGAGGUGGACAAGGGUGAUCAGCUCAUUGUCAACACAUACAAUGCCCUGGGUGAUAAAUCAACCUCGAUCCAUUGGCAUGGCAUGUUCCAAAAUGGAACCAAUGAAAUGGACGGGCCUUCUAUGGUCACCCAAUGCCCUAUCCCACCGGGUGCUUCAUUCACAUACAAUUUCACUGUGAACCAAAACGGAACGUACUGGUACCACUGCCACACCGACUAUUGCUACCCCGACGGAUACCGCCAGGCCUUGAUUGUACAUGAUAAGGACUCGUACUUCAACGAUAUGUAUGACGAAGAGUAUACGAUCACGAUGAGUGAUUGGUAUCAUGAUCUCAUGGAAGAUAUUGCACCCAAGUUCAUCAAUAUGAACAACCCCACAGGCGCAGAGCCUAUCCCGCAGGCCUUCCUUUUCAACGACACUUUGAACAGCAGUAUCCCGGUUGAAGCAGGCAAAACCUAUUUGUUCCGUCUGAUCAAUAUCGGAGCCUUUGUUGCACAAUACUUUUAUAUUGAGGAUCACACAUUCCGCAUUGUUGAGAUUGAUGGCGUUUACACGGAGCCAACUGAGGCCGAUAUGCUCUAUAUUGCUGUCGCACAGCGCUAUGCAAUUCUUGUCACAAUGAAAAAUUCGACAGACAAGAAUUACCCGAUUGUCACCGUCGCGGACUCGUUACUGCUAGACGCAAUCCCUGAGAACCUUCAACUCAAUAACACCAACUGGCUUGAAUAUAAUGCAAAGUCAGCCCACCCUCAGGCUGUGAUGAAAGUGGACAUCGCUUCCGAUCUCAACCCCUACGAUGACUUCACUCUCGUUCCAUACGACAAAAAGCCACUGCUCCCAGAUGCCGAUAUGACAAUCGAUCUCACUGUCAACAUGGGAAAUCUCGGAGAUGGUGCGGGUUACGCCUUUUUCAACAAUAUUUCCUACACAAGGCCCAAGGUUCCAACCCUGUACUCCGUACUGUCUUCUGGAGAUCUAUCCACAAAUCCCGAAGUCUAUGGGGAAUUCACACACCCGUUCGUUUUAGGUCAUAAUCAAGUCGUGGAUAUCGUUCUCAACAACGGUGAUACUGGGUCUCAUCCCUUCCAUCUUCAUGGUCAUCAAUUCCAGAUCAUCGAGCGGUUUCCUUCAUAUGGAGAGCACUUUUAUGAUUACGCCGAUGGAGAUCCAGUGACAUACGAUCCAUCAAAUCAUACUGCAUUUCCUGAGUAUCCCGCCAGGCGGGAUACCUUGGUGCUUCCCCCUCAGGGAUACUUCGUCGUCCGUUUUGUCGCCGAUACCCCCGGUGUCUGGAUGUUCCAUUGCCACAUUGACUGGCAUUUAUCGCAAGGCCUCGCGUUAACUUUGAUCGAGGCUCCUGACCAGAUCCAAGAGCGUAUAUCAGUCCCACAAAAUCAUUACGAUGUCUGCAAUGCUGCUGGCAUGAAACAUGAGGGGAAUGCUGCUGGCAAUACAAAGGACUAUCUCGAUUUAGAUGGUCAGAACAAACAGGUUGACUGGCUACCUGCAGGCUUCACGGCCAAGGGAAUCGUUGCUAUGGUGUUCUCUUGUGUGUCUGCCUUUUUGGGUAUGACUUUUAUCACUGUAUACGGAAUGUCGGGUAUCAAGCAAAGCAAGAAGCAAAACCAGGAGAAUAAUGCCACUGCUACAGCCAGCUCUGAAGCUUCUUGA